UGAAUUCUCUUUGCGGAAACUACUUAGUUGUGUAAAUUUCUGACAUCAGUUUCUCAUUGUUUAAAUAUUACAUGUAUUUUACCAAUCAAAUGAUUCCUAAAUUCUUAUUAAAGAGAUGCAUAGAAAAAGCUUUAUAUGCUUCUCCUAUGAUGCGUUCCUUUUCCAGCAUAACUCCAAUACAAAUGGCGUAUACACUUUAUGGGGAAAAUAACUCCGCACAUUUGCCUCUAAUAAUAAUGCACGGGCUCUUUGGUUCCCAGCGUAAUUGGAAAACUGUUGCUCGAACAUUGGAAAGUAAAGUGGAUAAAAUGAUAUUUACUGUAGAUGCGAGAAAUCACGGCGAUAGUCCCCAUACAACUGAGCAUAGUUCUGCCCAUAUGGCAGUAGAUAUUUCAGAAUUAAUGAAAAGUAAAGGAAUUACAAAAACAUGUGCAAUGGGCCAUAGCAUGGGAGGCAGAACGAUGAUGCAUUUAGCUCUUAAGCAUCCGGAACUUGUGGACCGGGCAAUUAUUAUUGACAUAUCUCCCAUUGCAGUGCCGCGAGACUUUCAUCAAAUGGAUGAAAUAUUUAAAGCUAUGGAAAAUGUUGAUAUUCCUGCGAAAUAUUCAUUAGGACAAGGGCGCAAAAUAGCUGAAGAUCAAAUUAAAAAAGCAGUGGGAGUUCAAGCAACUGUUGAGUUUAUAUUGAUGAAUUUGAGAAAACGGAAUACUGGAGAAUUCUAUUGGGUUCCUAAUAUUGGUACUCUUCACAAAAAUUUGAGAUUAUUCAACGACUUCCAGGAGCAUGUGAAGGAUUUACCACCUUUUAGAGGACCAGUGAUGUUCAUCUGUGGGAAUCAAUCCAAUUUUGUUGAUCCUAAUAGUUGGCCGGAUAUUCAACAAAUGUUUCCUAACUCGGAACUACAUUGGCUUGAUGCGGGUCAUUUAGUCCAUUUUGAUCAGCCGGAAAUGUUUGUUAAUUUAGUCGUGGAUUUUUUGAAGCGAUAAAUUUAAAUAAACUUAGAUUAUUUUACAUGUAUAUAUUGUGAAGAAUAUCGGUACGAGAACAAAGUAGAAUCUACGACAGAGAUAAAGAGAUGUCCAACUCAUCUCCCAUUAGAAGUGAGAGAGCAAUUCCCAAACGUCAAAAAAUCCUGAACUCGAUCAGCUGUCAAAGUUCUCGAUAUAUUAAAGGACCACUAUAUAGUAAUUUUCAA